CUCCUUGUCAUCCUUCUUUCGCUCGCCGCUGCGUAUCUCUUGCACAGUCUCCUCGCCUGAGCGCUGUCCUCCUUCCUUCCUCGUAUCUUCGCUCGACAGCACUCUUCUGCUCGGUCUUGUAUUGUACUAGAUACUAGACUACUAGACUACUAUACUACUAGAUCACACCGCUUCUGUUCAGCACAAUCGCACGUCAUACAGAAUGGCUCCUCUAUCCGCAUACACGCCUGCCCAGCCCGGCUCUGGCAACCUGAUCGUGCACCCAGACCUGCCCGAGCUCACCCGCCUCUACGGCUACUCGUCCAACACAGUCUGGACUGAGCCGCAAUAUCGAAUCUGGCGACAGAAUCCAGAUGCCGCCAUUGAAGAAUCGCACGAGGGACAGGAGCACGUUCCUGGAAAGGGUGCUGCCAUUGGUUUCCUCGUCAGCAGUGGCUAUGCCAUCUGCUGGGGUAAUCCACUCUGCCCCGUCCACGACUACCGUUCCGUGGCAGAGGCUUUCAUCCAGUGGACUGCUCGUCACAAUAUGAAGCCCCUCUGGAGCUGCAUCGACAUCGAAAUGGAAAAGGUUCUCACACAGCCUCCUUACAGUUGGACUGCCGUUUCCUGCGUAAAGGAAGACGUGGUAGACCCUACCCUCUCGCACGACAUGUCUACCCUGGACAAGCGUGUGCGCAACAAGAUUUACAAGGCGGAGCGAGCCGGCUUGCACAUCUGGGAAGAGUCUCAGCAUCUUCCUGAGCCAAAGUGGCAGCAGCAGGCAGAGGAAGGUAUGAGGGCUUGGCAAGCACACCGCAAAGGACUGCAGAUUCACGUCACCGACUUGCAACCCUGGAGGGAUGUGCAGCACCGUCGGUACUUUUACGGUAAAGCCCGUCCUGCCGACUCGCCCGAGGGAACCGAGGAGAAGCUGGUGGGAAUGGUUGUGCUAGCGCAAGUGCACGAUGGUUGGGUAGUCAAGUGGGCUCUGGAGUUCCCCGACUGCCCCAAAGGAACGAGUGAGAGCAUCAUCAUGCACGUCCUCGAGGUUCUCAACAAGGAAGGAUCCCACUCCCUCACUUUUGGUGUUGCCGGUACAGAGCUCAAGGCAGUAGACAACAUCAAGGGUUGGAAGAUCCAGACGCUUGCCGCAACCUACAAUGGAAUUUCCUCGGCUUUCCACUUGGGCAACAAGUCCGACUUUAGAGCCAAGUUUGGAGGACACGAGGACAGGGUAUACAUUGCCUACCCUGUUGACUCGCUUGGCAUGAAGGGAAUCGACGCUAUUAUCAGUGUACUCAAGAUGGACACUCACGACGAGAAGGGAGAGGGUGAGGGAGGCGACAGGCUGCAGACGCCCGCCGUGGAAAGGACCAACCCGAUUAGCGCCUAGAGGAGAAGCCAGGACAAGAAGACCAAGUCUGUCCAGUAACGAAAAUGAUUGCCCUCAAAAUGGCCUGUUGGGGAUGGGUCUCGAUUUAGAGAUAGGUGCGAUGCGGGAGACUUUGUGCUUGUGUCCAACUUUGCUUCGCCACUUUAGAUGGGGAAGUCGGAGGGGGAAGCUGGAGGAACGCCCUCCACCGCGUCCCUCUCCUUCCCACGCUCCCUCGCUCCGCUCCGUAUUCCCUUAGACCAGUCAGGCCCCGCAUGUGGCCGUGCUGCCUUUGCAUCU